AUGGAGGUGAACAGCAGUGUGAGCGAGUUUAUUCUGAUUGGACUGACACAGGAUGCGCCGAAGGAGAAAGCAGUGUUUGUGAUCUUCUUGUUUCUAUACCUCGCAACUCUGCUGGCAAACGUCCUAAUCGUGAUGACCAUAAGGUAUAGCCAGACACUUGGGAGUCCCAUGUACUUCUUCCUUUCCUACUUAUCCUUUGCUGAUGCCUGUUUUUCAACAACCACUGCUCCUAAGUUGAUUGCAGAUUCUGUAGCUGAGAAGAAAGUCAUCUCCUACAACGCGUGCAUGACCCAGGUCUUUGCGUUUCACUUCUUCGGGUGCAUGGAGAUCUUGGUGCUCGACCUCAUGUCCUUUGAUCGCUACGUGGCCAUUUGUAAGCCUCUGCGAUACACAGCCAUCAUGAGCCCGCGGGUCUGCGGUGCGCUGGUGAAGCUGGCCUGGGCGGGGUCUUGUAUCCACUCCUCAGCACAGAUUCUCUUGGCUUUGAGACUGCCCUUCUGUGGGCCCAAUGUUAUCAAUCACUACUUCUGUGAUAUGCAACCUUUGCUGACCCUUGCCUGCGUGGAUACGUAUGUCAUCAAUCUACUCAUCGUAUUUAACAGUGGGGCCAUAUGCACGGUGAGUUUCAUAUUGCUGCUCAUCUCCUAUGUUUUCAUCCUACGUUCCCUGAGUAACCACAGUGCAGAAGCAAGAAGGAAGGCCCUCUCUACCUGCACCUCCCACAUUAUGGUUAUCGCCUUGUUCUUCGUACCUUGUAUAUUCACAUACACGCGCCCUCUGACUGUGUUUCCAGUGGACAAGAUGGUGGCUGUGUUUUACACUAUUGUGACGCCUUUGCUCAACCCUCUGAUUUACACCCUGAGGAAUGCAGAAGUCAAGGAUGCCAUGGGAAGGUUGUGGUGCAGCAAACUCUGA